AUGGCCCAAGAGGGAGGAGUCUCCCAGGUCAGCUCCUCAGGGAGACUUGAUGCUCUGGAUUCAUUGUUCUCAGUCUGCAGGGUGGCUGUGGGGCGGCCCCUGAGGAGCGAGUGCCUCAUUCCCCUGGAGGUCGAUGGGAAGCUGGUCACUGGGUACUGGGACCCAGGAGCUAAGGUGACGCUGGCCCGGCCCGAGGUGGUGCUCAACACCUACCUGAUCCUGAUGGGUGUGUGCGGACCCCUGUUUAAGCAAUACUGCAAGUCCUGCAACCUCUGCCAGAGGGUGGGGAAGGCCCAGGACAAGGGAAAAGCAGCUCUGAGGCCCCUGCCUGUCAUAGAGGAGCCUUUCCAGAAGGUGGCUGUGGACAUUGUGGGACCCCUCAGCAAGGCAACUCAGACAGGGAAAAAAUACAUUCUGGUGGUGGUAGAUUUUGCUACUCGUUAUCCCGAGGCGGUGGCUUUGUCCUCUAUUGAGGCAGACAAAACUGUGGUAGAUGCACUGCUGAGCAUUUUCAGCAGAGUGGGGUUCCCCAACGAGGUCCUUACAGACCAGGGCUCCAAUUUCAUGUCAACUCUGCUCCGGUGGUUGUGGGAGAAGUGUGGGGUCCGACACACCUGGGCCUUAGUGUAUCACCCUCAGUCCAACGGGCUGGUGGAGAAGUUCAGUGAGACCCUAAAGAUGAUGCUGAAAACAAGCAUGAACCAGCAUCCACAGGACUGGGACAACCAGACCUGGGAGGACCAUGAGUCCCAGGUUAAACAAGUGCUGGACCAGCUCUGGGACGCAGGUCUGAUAAAAGCUGGCAAGUGCAAAGUGGGUAUGUCAGAAGUGUCAUACCUGGGCCAGAAAGUGGGGGUCGGCUGCCUAAAGCCAGCGCCAGCCAAGGUGGAGGUGAUCAGAGAUUGGCCCGCUCCCCAGACUAAGAAGCAGGUCCAGGCUUUCAUUGGGACGGUAGAACCCAACUACACAGAAUAUCCAGACUAUACAUUUGAUUAUGACAAAAUUACAUCACCAUGUGACAAGAGGGAAGUCAGAAACUUCACAAAAGUAUUUUUGCCAAUUGCAUACUCAAUUAUAUGUGUCUUGGGCUUAGUGGGUAACAUCUUUGUAGUAAUGACCUUUGCUUUAUAUAAAAAACCCAAGUCUAUGACAGAUAUAUCUCUCUUCAACAUGGCCAUAGCAGACAUAUUGCUUGUUCUCACUCUUCCAUUCUGGGCAGUGAAUUAUGCUGCUGAAAAAUGGAUCUUUGGUGACUUCAUAUGCAAAAUUACCAGAGGUAUUUAUGCAAUCAACUUCAAUUGUGGUAUGCUGCUCUUGGCCUUUAUCAGUAUGGACCGAUACAUUGCUAUUGUACAGACAACAAAGUCAUUUAAACUUCGGGCUAGAAUGCUAGCAUACAGUAGACUGAUCUGUUUGGCUGUAUGGGUAUCGUCAAUUUUAAUUUCCAGUUCCACUUUCAUAUUCAGUCAAAGCUACAGCCACUCCAUCAAUGAAAUAAACGAGAUUUGUGAACACAGAUCCAAUACUGAGACAAAAGGCGCUACGUUGAAAUUAUUGCUGCUGGAUAUGCAACUUCUAUUUGGAUUUUUUAUCCCUCUGCUGCUUAUGGUAUUUUGCUAUGCAGUCAUUGUCAAAACCUUGGUGAAAGCUCAGAAUUCCAAAAGAAACAAAGCAAUAUGUCUUAUUGUAUUAAUUGCGAUUGUUUUCCUGGUUUGUCAGGUACCAUAUAACAUGGUUCUUCUUGUGACUGCCAUAAAUCUGGGUAAAUUGAAUAAACCGUGUGAUAGUGAAAAGCAAAUAGCCUUUGCGAAGUACAUUACAGAAGCCCUGGCCUUCUUCCAUUGUUGUUUGAACCCAGUGCUCUACGCUUUUAUUUGGGUGAAAUUUAGAAGUUACUUUGUGAAUAUGAUGAAGAAUCUGUGGUGCCCGAGAUACAAGAAAUACAAGACCAAGAGUUCAAGGAUAAGUUCUGAUACCGAUCACUCAAGGCAGACAAGUGAAAUUAUGAGUGACAAUGUGUCAUCCUUUACUAUGUAUUAUGAUGUCAACAUUAUUAUGAAGGAGCUUUGAUUAUAUUCAUCCACCAAUCCAAAUCAAUCUCAUUAUUCAUGUCACAGCUAGUGAUUUUGACUUUCCAACACCCUAAAUAGUAUUUCCUAUGAUCUACAGCACCCUCCAUCAAAACAAUUAACAUAAACAGAAGAAUGGCACGACUAUGGAAAACUCGUAUUAAUCACUGUCUAGCUAAUAUUUAUGCUGUUUUCAAAUACAGGCCCUUAAAAUUCUCCAGAGAGCUAAAUUUAUCAAGCAACUUCCUUGAUUCUAAUGAAAAAUUGCAAGUUUGAUUUGAACAGUGCCUUGGUAUUUUGGUUUUAAAACAGGGGUCAACUCAGCUAUCUCAUAUUAUAACAACAAUUUUAAAAGAG